GUGGCCUGCUGACGUCUGGUUUUCAAGGCAACAGCUAUGGUUAGGAGAGGUGGGUUGUACGGCUACAGGGCGAGGUGUCUCCAGUUCCUGUGGAAAUGGGAGCGGAUAUCUGGAGAAGGGCCUACGGUGACGGUCGUACUGGACUAUAGCUACAGUAAACGAGAGACGAGACUAAAGAUAAAUGUAGAAGGAGGGAGAGAAGAGGAGAUAAGGGCAGACCAAGGCUUGCAGAUGGCAACCACAGAGGCAAAAGACCGGGCAGAAAGGAUGUGCAGACGGGACGGGGUCACGAACGAGAUGAGGGUGACUGUCGCGUACCUGGACGAGGGGAUAUCCAGGGGCACGGUGGAUCAGGAAGAAGGACACUUGGAUCGCGAUAUUGAGGCCGAGAGCGAGGAGAGCGAUUUGGAGGCCACGACCCUGUCCUGGCAUGGGCUGGACCAGAGGCGACGAGAUCACCCGCCCGCCGAGCCUGUAGAGAGGGGCCCAGAAGCCAACUCUCAGCGACAGAGGGACCGACACCGCUAGGCAGGGACAUGACUCUGAAAAUAGGGAGACCAGAGACCAGUUCGCGCGGUGAGGGCGAGGCCAAAGUCGAGAGGCAGUUACGGGAGA